AUGCACUACACUCGUGAGUGCCCUUACAAGGACCACAAGUGUAGUGAUUGCGGAAAAAGUGGACACCGAGAAGGUUAUUGUGCGACCUCAAAAAGUGAAAAGCCCUAUCGAAAAAGAAAAACUAACACUUUUCGGGCAAGAACACUCAGUGUAAACACAGUGCAACGGAAGCGGCGUUUUGUGCAGGCGAAACUAAACAGUGCUGAACUGAAACUCCAGUUAGACACUGGAUCCGACAUCAGCGUCGUGUCGAAGCGUGUGUGGGAGAAAAUCGGCAAGCCAUCCACCACCCCCGCACUAGAAAAAGCAUCUACUGCUUCUGGUGCCCCUCUCCAGCUCCUGUUUAAGUUUGACUGUGACGUCAGUGUCAAUGGUCAGCAUCGCCGUGGAAGUUUCCACGUAGUCGACAAAGCGCUGAAUCUGCUCGGCAUUGAUCUGCUUGAUUCAUUUGGUUUCUGGUCAGUGCCUAUCUCAUCGUUCUGUAACCAGAUUACCACACCAUCUACAUCGUUGGAAUCACUAAAAGUAACUUACCCGACCGUCUUCAGGAGUGCCCUAGGAUUGUGCAGCAAAACUAAAGUAAAGCUGGAACUGAAGCCCGAUGUCCAGCCAGCUUUCCGGCCAAAGCGCCCAGUGGCUUACGCAAUGCUAGGUACUGUCGACGAUGAGCUCGAUCGGCUUGAGCGCGCAGGCAUAAUUUCACCGGUUGAUUUCUCUAACUGGGCAGCUCCGAUCGUGGUCGUGCGGAAAUCCAACGGGUCAAUACGGAUUUGUGGAGACUAUUCCACAGGGUUGAACGAAGCCUUGCAGCCCCACCAGUACCCGCUUCCGCUCCCUGAAGACAUUUUCACGAAACUGUCCAACUGCACCGUCUUCAGCCAAAUCGAUCUCUCUGAUGCCUUUCUACAGGUCGAGGUUUAUGAGGAUAGCCGGAACCUGCUUACCAUCAACACGCAUCGCGGGUUAUACCGGUACAAUCGCCUUUCGCCUGGCAUCAAAACAGCACCCGGAGCUUUUCAGCAGCUGAUUGACACCAUGACAGCUGGUCUCAACUGCACUUCUGGAUACCUCGACGACGUUGUAGUCGGAGGCGAAACCGAAGAGGAACACCUAGCCAAUCUUGAAGCGCUUUUCAAGCGGAUUCGCGACUUCGGAUUCACAUUGCGCCCGGAGAAAUGCACUUUCGUCCAGCCUCAAAUAAAAUACUUGGGGUACCUGCUAGAUCGCCAUGGUCUACGUCCAGAUCCAGCUAAAGUGCAACCCAUCAACGAGAUGCCCGCUCCAGUUGACGUGUCCGGAGUCCGUUCGUUCCUCGGAGCCAUAAACUACUAUGGCAAGUUCGUGCCCAACAUGAGGACACUUCGGUUCCCGCUGGAUGAGCUCUUGAAAGCUGGAGCUAAGUUCAAUUGGACCCCUGCAUGCCAAGAAUCGUUCACCAAGUUCAAGGAGAUUCUCACUUCAAAUCUUCUGCUUACCCACUACAACCCGAGGCUCGACAUAGUCGUCUCGGCGGACGCUUCUUCAGUCGGAGUUGGGGCUACUAUUAGUCACCGAUUUCCGGACGGUUCUGUGAAAGUCAUCCAGCAUGCAGCCAGAGCGCUUACACCUGCGGAGAAAAACUACAGCCAGCCUGACAGAGAAGGAUUAGCCAUCAUUUUUGCAACGACCAAAUUCCACAAAAUGAUAUUUGGCCGCCACUUCCUCCUGAAGACCGAUCAUGCUCCUUUGUUGCGAAUUUUUGGGUCGAAAAGGGCAUUCCGGUCUACACAUCUAACCGCUUGCAACGAUGGGCACUAA